CGUUGUUCUCCGCGCACGUGUGUGCGUGUGCCGGUGCGUGCCGGUGUGUGUCUGCGUGUCUGUGCCGGUGUGUGUCUGUGUGUGUCUCUGUGUGUGUGAGAGAGUAUAAAUGUGCGGCGUCUGCGGGUCGUCACACAUUAUUUUUCCCCGUCGUGCUCAACGGAACAGCGAGCGAACAUCCUCGUCCGCGCUGCCACGGCAGCGUCUGACCUGACACGGAGCCACCGUGAGCUCAUCCCCGGCAGAGGAGGCAUGCCCUACCAGAGCCCAUACGGCAGCGAUUGAACGGUGUGCAGCUCGUACACAAUACGAGAUGCGCGUGUGCGUGCCGGACGAUGCUGCUCGUGGCUCCUGCACGUGACUCUCUCCGUGCGACUCCUGGAUGCAACGCCGCAGUGUGAUCAGCCCUCCAUGUGACUUUUUGGUGCGGGGCGUGAAUCGUGAGACGUGGCUGACUGCACCUGUGGCCGUGCCUCCCUACGGGCGACGGAGAGGCGCCAGGAGACGGUGCCAUCGGCGUGCCGACGCGGCGCUCUAGAGACAGCGAAGUGGUGCUACGCGGGGCAUAGAAGCAGGCGGUGGAGCGUGUCCCCCGCGAUGGCACCGUCUAGACGCGGCGGAGCUGGGGGGAGACGGGACGGGAUUCAAUCCGUCCCCCGACCGUUUUUGCCACCGUUCGUGUCGAGGUCCGCUUGGUCUGUCCCCCUGGCUGUCGAGUGACCCCGGCCGCCGUCGCCGUGACCCGGAGCCGCCUCGCGAUGGCACGGGUCUCGUGCGGCCCGUGAGGCCUUCGCGGUCUGUGGAGGGCCCCCACCCCACGGCGAGGCGUGCGGCCCGCGGAGCGUGGCGAGCGCCGCCAUGCGGUGGCCGGGCCGCCGGGCCGCGCUGGUGCUGUCGGGCCUGGCGUGCCUGUUCGCCGUGCUCUACGUGGGGCAGCAGUCGCUGGAGUGCCACUCGGGGUCACGGGCCCGCGUCUCCGUGCGUCUCUCCCCAGGCCUCUCCCACAACCGCUCCGCGUCCGCGAAUGGUGGCGGCCCUUUGCUGGAGCUGGACGAGCAGGCGGAGCUGGUGUUUGUGGGCGGCGUCCCGCGCAGCGGCACGACGCUGAUGCGCGCCAUGCUGGACGCGCACCCGGCGGUGCGCUGCGGGGAGGAGACCCGCGUCGUUCCGCGCCUGCUGGCCAUGCGCGAGGCGUGGGCGCGCUCGGAGCGGGAGCGCGUGCGGCUCGACGAGGCCGGCGUCACGGAGCGGGUGCUCGACGACGCGGUGCGCGCGUUCAUCCUGCAGAUAAUCGCGGGUCACGGCGAGCCGGCGCAGCGUCUCUGCAACAAGGACCCAUUUGCGCUCAAGUCGCUCGUCUACCUGGGGCGCCUGUUCCCGCGCGCACGCUUCCUGCUCAUGCUGCGGGACGGCCGGGCCUCCGUGCACUCGAUGAUCUCGCGCAAGGUCACCAUCGCCGGCUUCGACCUCUCCAGCUACCGCGACUGCCUCUCCAAGUGGAGCCGCGCCAUCGAGAUCAUGUACACGCAGUGCGUGGCCGUGGGCUCCCUGCGCUGCCUCCCCGUCUACUACGAGCAGCUGGUGCUGCAGCCCGAGUCGGUGCUGCGCCGCGUGCUGCGCUUCCUGGACGUGCCGUGGGACGACGUGGUGCUGCGGCACGAGGACAUGGUCGGCAAGGCCGGCGGCAUCUCCCUCUCCAAGGUGGAGAGGUCCACAGACCAAGUGGUGAAGCCGGUGAACCUGGAGGCGCUCACGCAGUGGGUGGGACGCAUCCCCGAGGAUGUGGUGCGGGACAUGGCGCACGUCGCGCCCAUGCUGAGCCGCCUGGGCUACGACCCGUACGCCAACCCCCCCAACUACGGCUCCCCCGAUCCCCGCGUGCUGGAGAACACCCGGCGGAUAAAGAAUGGCGAGUUCCGCUUACCGCAGAGUUUAAAGCGUGCCCUUUCGCAGCACAGUGACCCAGGCGGUGCGGCUACAAACGGAAGCGAGGGGUGAGCCCCCCCCCCACCCUCUCUCCUCCCCCCGGUGUCGGGGAGGAUCGGCUCUGUUUUUUCCCCCCCCACCAUUCACGGCGAGAAACAAAAAAAACGCGCUGCGGUGCAGG